GGAAGUGACGUGUUAGACGCGUCACACCAUGUAAAUGAAUUAAUGGGACGCGGCUUUCACGUUUUGUGUGUGUUUUUUUUUUUUUUAAACAAAACAAAUAUUCGGCUUACUUCUGAGUGUCGCUCGUGUUUCAGGCUUUUGGCACAAUAAACCGCGUUUAUCGUGUGAGGAGAAAGUUUAUAAAGGUGCUAAAUAUGUGUCGCCGGAUGUGUAGCUAGCUGGACAACGUAGCUGAAUGAAAGACUGAGGUAAACUUUAGGCUGCAAUAAUCGACAAGGCUUCAGACGAAACAGAUUCGGGUGAGAAAUAAGGAGGCUUAGUAAUCUGUCAUCUGUGAGGAAAAGAGACGCACUGGGGAGAGUUUUUUUUAGGUCGCUGACUAGCAUAGUGUUAACCGGGGAAGGAGUAUACGCACUGCUUUGUGUAUUUAUAUUCAGUGCGGUUAUGGCACACAACCACGAAAGUUUGGCAAACUCAGGUCUGGUCGCCGAGCUGUCCAUUUCCUUCCACGAUGAACUCACGUCGAGCAUCCAAAGCGCCUUCGGUGUCGCCGGAGAGCUCGCGGUGGCCGAGGUGUCCAAAGUGGUCGGGAAAGCUUUCCGCGACGUGCGCGAUCAGCUGCACAAAACCCUGCUGGCUAACCGGAACCUCCAGACGAGGCUCAGCCUGGCGCAGACGGAGCUGCGCGCUGCGCGGAGUCGCACGCUUGAGACGCGGCAGACGCGCGACAUCGCAGUCAACACGAGCCCGAUCCCGAUCCCGAUCCCGUCCGGACCACGGACCGACUCCUCGCCUGACGAGACAGAGCCUCACGAAGGCGCUCCCAGUGAGUCGUAUGCGCGUCGCACGGAAUCGUUUUGCGAGAUCCGUCUGGACGGAACCGAGUGCGUACAGGAUAUUAAACCCAAUCUGACUGGAGAACAGUCUUCACACCAGUUACAGGAGACCCAAGACAUAAAAGACGACCAUCAUGCCAUGCAGGAAAAUGCUUUGCAUGCUGAUCAGGCAUGUAUUGGGGCAGCAGUGGUACCUGGCCAUUCAGCUGCCCAGAUAAAGGGCUGUAUAUCCUUUGAGUCUGGUCAUGCAACAAAGUUGGAGGAGGCUCAUCAGUGUGGUCACCCUAUGUCCGACGCCGAGCAAGAGUUUAGCUCGGAUUCCCUGUCAAUGGCCCAGUCAAAGUUAUUGGAGGAUUGGAGACCUGAACCGCUGCAUCUUCAGAGUUGCCAGUCAGACUCCUUUGUGUCCUCUGGCAGCUCUGCUCUGGCCAAUCCCUCUCUCUUGCAAGGAGAACUUCCAGGUAUGGACUUCCUUGCCUCAGCCUCAUCCAGCCAGCUGAACACGUGCCAUGCACCAAUAUCCCGGAGAGAUGCCUCAACCCUAAAUAACCCCACCUCUAAUUCGCAUUUCCCCACUCACAGCUCUGGACAGGGGCAUGCUUUAGGGCAAUUUUCUAUGCCAGAGGAUGUCCACAGAUAUCGCACUGCCCUGCAGCCCAAAGUAGCCACCCAUCAACACAAAAGUCCUAGACGCAACUUGUACCCACCCGGGCGAAGUCCGUUUCGCUGUACACAGUGCGGCCGAGACUUUAAUCGAAUGGAGCACCUCAAGAUCCACCAAAGGAUCCAUACAGGCGAGAAACCAUAUGCUUGCUCAGAGUGCACCGCACGAUUCCGACACUCGUGGGCGCUCACACGCCACUUCCGCAUCCACACGGGCGAGAAGCCGUAUUUGUGCACACAAUGUGGGAAAAGCUUCCGGAAUUGCGGUGGGCUACGCUUCCAUCAGAGGACACAUGCCCAGCGAAGUGGCUUGACAAACAUUAGACAAAAUUUAGAGGGUUAUGGGAGGACAUAAGGGAAACUUCUCUUUGACUUCACCCAUUUUCAGGUCACUCUAUUUUCUAAGCAUUAAACACGGGUUUGCUUGUAUAAACAUAACUUUUUCAAUACAAGGGCAUAAUACCUUUGAUAUGUAAUCCACCAAAAUCGUAUUACUUAUCCACAUUGGCAGAGUAUGAGUUAGGGCUAUAUUUCUGGCCGUAAUGAAAGGUGGCAAUAUGACAAUCAUAAAAAUUUAGAAUUUUACGAAUUAUUUAUGAAACUGUGACGUGACUAGUCCAAAUGAAGUAUAUUUCUUUGACGAAAUGUCUGGUUGUCUGGAAUCUACCAGUUCUCUCCUAACUUUUAUAUUUGUGUUGCAUUUAUAGGUGAAGACAAACUCUUUGGACAUAUACUGCCUUUCUCUUUUUGCCUAUGACUUGUGUUUUUUUUUUUUUUAACUUACUUUCAGGUCAACUCAGAUUUCAGUUCAAAACAUUUGAGCAAAAUCCUAGCAAUUUGGUGUUGAUUAGGAAGUUUUCCCCCAACAGAACAUACUGCUAGCUAAAUUUGAAGGGCUUUGAAGCCCUAUAUUUUCAGGGAGAAACUUCCAGAUCUGUUGUGAUAAUAAGACUUAAUAAUAACACUUUGGGGCCACGACAGCAACCUGUGAUAAAGGCAGCCUUUACUCCUGGGGAUUUGUACCAAUAUUGCAGUCAUGAAACAGACCUCUGUUCUGUAGAUACGUUAAUUUAACCAACAUGUUUUCUGAAAAGCUGGAUGUAUCAGGAAUAUGCCAUUUCUACGGUGUAUGCUGUUAUUCUGUUGUGCCAAAGUGGUUUCAUUUUAGAGGAGGAGCUGGUAGACAUUUUACUGUUCACUCUUUUUAAAGCUGCUUUAAGUGCCUGACAACAAGGUGUUGACCUGAAAUGUUUAAUGCUGUCCAAUGUGAAUUUAUCCCGGUCCAGAUAUCUUGGAUAUUACAACACUGGAAUUAAAAGAGUCUCGGACUGCC